AUGGACCUUCCUAUCGCUCGACAUAGAGCUCUGAAAAUACCAUCCGAGCUAUAUGAAGAGCUUACUUCAUGGUGCAAUAACCCAGAAAUUCAUCACAGUGCUACAUUUACAUCCUUAAAAUGGAGAGAGUUACUCUUAACGCAAAAGUUCGAAGAAAUUCACCUAAGAGAUACGCAAGAGAGGCUAGACGGAGUCCUUCGUGCUUUCAACUGCUACCAAGAUGAUACAACGAUAAAUAUUGCUCGAGUGAACAUAAAGUUUGCAUCCUUUAUUGUCGAAUCCGCGCCUCUAGAGACUGACUCACCGGCGAGUAACGCUGGUAACGAUGGUAACUCUGUUUGCGAUAGUCUGCCAAAUCGCCUAGCAGCUGCCCUCUACAAGCUAUCUGGAAUUCGGCAUCUGACGCUUGACCUCGAGGGCCUCAAUGAAGAUCAGCUCAAAGAUUUGACGAAUCAGAUGAGCAUCGGGAGACUUGUCUGGCCACGUCUCAAAGUCUUAAAGAUCCGUGGCACAGCUGAUGUAGUGAAGAUGAUCAUGAGCCAUUGCGAUCCUGAUGCCCUCAGUGGCCUCCACACCUACACAUGGAUUGAUUCGGAUAUAUUCGAAAAGGCCCGAAGUCUCACUGGCCUCAGUCGACUCCAUCUAUACUAUGACAAGGCCAAUCUCUCACAGCCUACGACGUGGGCUUGCACCGAAAAACAACUCUGGGAUGGCUUGGCACGACUGACUCCAAAACUCAACUGCCUUAUCCUACGCGAGUCAGAAGUCAAAAUUGAAGGCCAACUGUGGUCUCUUGAACAUAUUUUUGUACUGAAAACUGGUAUAAAGAACAUCAUAGAUGGGGCUCAAACAUUGGGACUUCAAUACCUUGCAUUGACGAUGGACAUUCGGCGUUUCGCGGCGCCUCUUAUCCGUGCAUACAUGCAAAUAAAAGUCUCUCAUUCAAAUGAGCUGGAGUGGGAUGAGGUACAGGCAUGGUAUGAGUUAAUUAUCAAAACCAUCAUGCAGGUUGCCCAUUUGAAAGAGGUUUGGAUCUUCUCUCAAGCCGGAGUCGUCUUCAAGGGAGGACGCCCACCCAGAAAGGAAUCCAGGCCUGGGCAAAUUUGUACUAGUGUGGUUAAACUCGACGUGGCCAUGGAAGAGGACGGGUUUCCGUUUGGGAUCACUGAGGAUCUAUAA